ACAGUUGCCCUUUCCUCUCACACAAAAGAGAUCUCAUUUUGUCUGAAACUGGAUAAAGUUGAAACAAACCGCACACCAACGAGAGGGUAUGAUGGCUAAGAAGCCCCCGAAACCAGCCCCUCGCAGGAUCUUCCAAGAAAGGUCAAAGAUUACUGCUCUACCCUUGUACUUUGAAGGUUUUUUAUUAGUUAAGCGGUCAGAAUACCAGGAGUAUAAGCAUUACUGGACAGAGUUGAGAGGAACUACACUUUUCUUUUACACUGACAAAAAAAGUACAACAUAUGUUGACAAGUUAGAUAUAAUAGACCUUACAUGCCUUACUGAUCAGAAUUCAACUGAAAAGAACUGUGUAAAAUUCACCCUUGUUUUGCCAAAAGAGGACGUACAAUUGAAGACAGAGAAUACAGAAAGUGGGGAAGAAUGGAGAGGCUUCAUUCUUACAGUAACAGAGCUGUCAGUUCCCCUACACGUGUCACUCCUUCCUGGGCAAGUAAUUAGACUGCAUGAAGUCCUAGAGAAAGAAAAGAAGAGGAGGAUUGAGACAGAGCGGACACCGAGCUCAUCUCCAGAAAAAGGGAAGCAACCAUUUGAAGAUUAUGAGGAUGUACUGAACCCUAUGCCAGCAUGUUUUUACUCGGUGUCCCGGAAAGAAGCAACUGAGAUGCUUGAGAAGAACCCUUCCAUGGGAAAUAUGAUCCUGAGGCCUGGCAGUGACAGCAGAAAUUACUCCAUCACCAUCCGGCAGGAGAUAGACCUGCCAAGAAUCAAGCACUACAAAAUCACGAGUGUAGGGGAAAACUACACUAUUGAAUUGGAAAAGCCUGUAACACUCCCAAAUCUUUUCAGUGUCAUUGAUUAUUUUGUGAAGGAGACACGAGGAAAUUUACGACCAUUUAUAUAUUCAACUGAUGAAGCCCUUGAGACGAAAGGAUUUCCUGUGACAUCUUUAAAAUGAUUUUUUAAAAGGCGGGGGAGGGUGGGGAAAUCCCAACAUUUUUUUUUUUCCUCCAUGGAUGAUAUUGUGUCAGUUAUCUAAUGCUAUGUAACAAACCACCCCUAAAACAUGGUGGUUAUAUCAACGACCACUUUACUUACUCACGAUUCUGCACAUCAGCAACUUGGAUUCAAUUCAGUUGGGCAGUUCUUCUGCUAGUAUCUUGAUGUCAUUUGUAGGAAUAUAACCAGCUGGUGGCUAGACUGGAGCUGGAUGGUCUAAGUUGGCUUCAUUCACACAUCUGGUGCUGGUGGUCCGCUGGGCCUGGCUGAACCAUUCUCUUCAUGUGGUCUCUAAUCCUGAAGAAGGUUAGCUCACGUUCUCUCAUGUGAGAACUCAGAGCAUUUAAAGAGAGAAGGAUAGCUGCAUGUCCUUGGGCUAGGAAUUCUUAGUGAUGAGAAUUAAGUAUGGCUCUCUUGGAGUGCUCAUUAUAGGAGAAAUUGUGAAUUGAAUAAAUAAUUCUGAGUGUGAUAUAUCUUAUAUACAAGGGAUUAUUUUUCUUCCUUUAAAAAAAUUUAUUUAAUUUGCAUACAAUAAAAUUAAAUUUUUGGUGUACAGUUCUGUGAAUUCUGACUACCAUCACCACAAUCAAGAUAUAGAAAGUUCCAUCACCUCAAAAAAUGCCCUAUGUUCUUUCUUUUUAGUCAAUUCUUCUUCUCAGACACAGUCCCUGGCAACUACCCAUCUGUUUUUCAUUCCUACAGUUCAGCAUUUUUCCAGAAUGUCAUAUAAAUGGUACCACAGUCCACAAUCUUCUAGGACUUAUUUCUUUCACUCAUUAUAAUGUCUAGAUUCAACCAAGUGUUGUGUAUUAUAGUUCACUCUGCUUUAUUUAUAUACUAUCAUUUAUAUAGAAUAGUAUAUAAAUACUGGGGAAAAUUUCACUGUAGGGAGGUACCAGUUUGUUUAUCCAUUAACCAACUUAAACAUAUGAGGGUCAUUUCCAGUUCUGGGCAAUUAUUAAGCUACAUAAAUAUUUGUACACAGAUUUUUGUGUGAACUUAAGUCUUUAUUUCACUUUGGAAAAAUAUCUAGGAAUGAAAUUACUAGGUCAAAUGAUACAUGUAUGUCUAACUUUAUAAGAAACUGUAAAACUCUUUUCACAGGUGGUCUUACCUUUAUACACCUCUAUAAUGUCUGAGAGCUCUGGUUGCAUCCUUGCCAGCACUUCAUCUUAUCUUUAAAAAAGUUAUUCUAGUAAGUUUGCAGUGGUAUCUCUGUGGUUCUAAUAUGCAUUUUCCUAAUGAUUAAUGAUGUUGAGUAUUUUUUCAUGUGCUAUUUACCAUUCAUGUAAUCUAACUUGGCAACAUACACACUUAAUUAUUUUGACCA